AUGGGGAUCGUGGUUGGCUGUUCUUGUGAAGUAAUACUUGGCAUUUCCCAACGAACUUCGGGCAUAUUUGACGAAGAUGAUGAAGAAAUUGCACCAGUGGUGGGUGGAUUAGUACUUCUUGAUCGUCAUCGUGAUGUGUUCCAUCCUCUAUGCACUGCAACUGAUUUGAAGGACAAAUACUGGAGCAUUAGGUUAGCUAAGUUGAGAGAACUUUUUGAUGGUAAUGACUUCAGUGAUGAUGACUUUGAGGAAGAAGGCAACGAUGAUGAAUCUGAGGGUAAAAUUGAGGAUUACGACUCUGUGGAAGACAGCGAGGAUGAACCUGAUGACAAUGUGCCUGGUGAUAUUCCUUUUGCUGGUGCUGGAAGUAAUGAUAGUUCCGAGUCUGAGGGAGACAAGGGUGAUAUUUCUGAGAAAGGAGAUGAUAGUGAUGAUAGUUCUGACUCGAAGGAAGACAACGAUGAUGAACCCAAGGGUAAUCCUCUUAUUUGGAUUUUCUUACAUCCUUCGGUGAUUGUUUUCACUUUUUACUGA